AUGCAAGAUAAUCAACUCUCUAGAACUGCAUUCCAUUGCAUUUCUGAUGAAAUAAAGCAACAAGUUACAAGCGAUGGAUUCCACGUUCACCUCAGGAGUAGAGCAAGUCAUCUAUAAUUUCAUAAAUUUUUAUUCAAAAUAAAGACUUCUCCUAGCUGAUGGCCCAGAUCAGUCUCCAUAUACAAACUAGGGACUCUUGGCCUUUAGAUACGAUCGGAGUCUUGCAUUACACAAGAAGCCUGUCUUUUAAAUACAAAAACAUGCAGUGGGAAGAAUGAUGGAGGCAUUCUUUUUGUUUCAGGAGAUGAUGGAGGAAUAUGUGAAAUAGAAGCAUAUAUGAGAAACACCUUUCAAGAUAUGGACUUCGGGCUAGGAAUCUGACUCUACUUUGGAAAUUCAAUACUUCGGCCUUGCAACUUAGUUUAACAGAGGCUGCUGCUAUAACUGAGGCUAUGUAGUAAAAUCCUAUAUCACAGAAAUAUGGUUAUUCUGUUGAUGCUACCGAUUGUCUUCGUGGACAACUAAAGAUUUGAAGCGAUGGGACCGAUGGGCUGGCCCUGCAUUCAGUUCUUUGUCAUUUUAUGCCAACUUUGUGCUAUCUAUGGACAAGAAACCAAUCCUUUUGAUGGUGCUGUACUUACUUCCCUACAGAACGUUUGGCAGAAUGUGCCACCUACUUGGAAGGGUGGGGAUCCAUGCCUCAAUCAAUGGGAUGGAAUUAGUUGCAAUGGUUCCCGUGUGACCGCCAUCAAGUUGUCGACUAUGGGCCUCAAGGGUACUCUGACUGGCGACAUUGGAUCUCUGUCUGAGUUACAGUAUCUGGAUUUGUCUUAUAACAAGGAUUUAACUGGGUCCCUUCCACAAAGCAUUGGAAAUUUGAAAAAACUUACAAACUUGAUCCUAGUUGGUUGCAGCUUCAGUGGUACUAUCCCAGCACAGAUAGGAAGUCUUCAAGAGCUGGUCUUUUUGUCACUGAAUUCUAAUGGCUUCACUGGAGAGAUACCUCCUUCAAUUGGCAGUCUAUCUAAGCUGUAUUGGCUGGAUCUGGCCGACAAUCAACUUACUGGAUCCAUUCCAAUCUCCACACCAACUUCACCUGGUCUGGAUAUGCUGCUGGGCACAAGGCACUUCCAUUUCAAUAGGAAUAAGCUCUCGGGUUCCAUUCCAACUCAACUUUUCAGCUCAGCUAUGACUGUGAUACAUAUACUCUUUGAUGGCAACAACUUCUCCGGGAAGAUCCCAUCCAGUAUAGGACUCGUAACAAGUCUGGAGGUUCUUCGGUUAGAUCGAAACAAAUUUGAGGGGCCUGUUCCAGCCAACCUCAAUAACCUUACGAAAAUCCAGGAACUGAGUUUGGCGCAGAAUGCACUGACCGGCCCGUUACCCAAUCUCACAGGGAUGAACGUUCUUGCUUAUCUGGACUUGAGCAACAACAGCUUCGAUGCAACAGAACCACCACCAUGGUUGCCUACAUUACAGUCUUUGACAACCAUAGUCAUGGAAUCCAUAAGACUUCAGGGUGAACUCCCACAGGCAGUAUUCACCAUCCCGCCGUUGCAGAUGGUGAAGAUGAGAAACAAUAACCUAAAUGGUACAAUUGACAUAGGCAGCAAUUUCACCUCGCAGCUAAACUAUAUAGAUCUGGAGAACAAUGACAUUCAAAAGCUUGUCUCGGAAUCUACAUACAAAAAGACAUUCAUACUGGUGGGAAACCCAGCUUGUGACGCACAAUUGGCUCAAUCUUCUUACUGCGACACUCCUAAACCCCUCGUCCCUUAUUCCACACCCCAACAAAACUGUGCACAAGACUUGUGCCCUCCCACCCUGCGAGCCAACCCCACAUGUGGCUGUGCAGCACCCUAUACUGGGACACUAGUCUUCAGGGCACCUUUAUUCUCAGACACAACAAACACCACACUCUUCCAAUCAUUAGAGGUCCAAUUGCAGACCAAGCUUCACGUCCCCCCUGGAUCAGUUUCGCUGCAGAACCCCACAAUGGAUUCUGAGAGCUAUAUGCAAGUGCAGCUCUACAUCUUCCCAACUGAUGAGCAGCAAUUCAACAGAUCAGAGGUUUCAACUUUGGGAUUCCGCCUGAGCAAUCAAACCUUCAAACCUCCACCCAGCUUUGGUCCCUUCUUUUUCAUUGCCAAUCCUUAUUACUUCCCAGAAGUGGAACAAAGCAAACAGGAAAACAAUUCUCUCAUUAUUGGACUCUCAGUUGGUGGAGCUGUUCUUGUUCUCAUAUUCAUUAUCGUGGCACUAUUUGCUUUUGAAAGGAAGAGGAAGGCUGAAAGACCCACGGGGAGAAGCAGUUCUUUUGUUUCAUGGAAUCCAAGUGAUAGGAAGAACAGCGGCAGUGCACUGCAGUUGAAAGGAGCAAAAUGGUUUACUUACGAGGAACUCAGGAAAUGCUCAGACAACUUUGCCGAAGCCAAUGGCAUUGGAUCAGGAGGCUAUGGCAGGGUUUAUCGAGGAGUAUUGCCCACUGGCCAAAUGGUGGCCAUCAAAAGAGCAGAACAAGGAUAUGGGCAAGGUGAUCCAGAAUUCAGAAUGGAAAUUGAGUUGUUAUCAAGAGUUCAUCACAGAAACCUUGUCACCCUCAUUGGUUUCUGUUUCGAGCAAGGUGAACAGAUACUUGUCUAUGAAUAUUUCCCCAACGGCACUCUAAGAGAGAGUCUCUCAGGAAAGUCCGGGGUUCGGCUAGACUGGAAGAGGAGGCUUCGGGUUGCUUUGGGUUCAGCAAGAGGGUUGGCAUAUUUACAUGAGCAUGCAGAUCCACCUAUUAUUCAUAGGGAUGUCAAGCCCAACAACAUCCUUCUUGAUGAGAAUUUGAACGCCAAAGUUGCAGAUUUUGGCCUCUCAAAGCCUAUAGGUGACAGACAAUGCCACGUCACAACUCAAGUCAAAGGAACACUGGGUUAUUUGGAUCCUGAGUACUACAUGACCCAACAGCUGACAGCAAAGAGCGAUGUUUAUAGCUUUGGAGUGCUAAUGCUGGAGAUGUUAUCAGGAAAGCCUCCUAUAGAGAGAGGGAGGUACAUAGUAAGAGAGGUGAAAUUGGCAAUGGACAAGACCAAAGACCUGUAUGGCCUUCAUGAGCUCCUUGACCCCACCGUAAUGGCCUCACCAAGCCUCCCUGGCUUCGAGAGGUAUGUGGACCUUGCCCUUAAGUGCGUUGGAGAGUCGGAUAAAGACCGACCCAACAUGAGUGAGGUGGUGAGGGAGAUGGAGGAGAUAAUUAGUGAAGCUGGGUUGAGCACCACCACAAACUCUGCAGCGACUUCGGCAACCUUUGCUGGCUCAGCAAGAGGAACUCCUCACCAUCCUUACAAUGACCCCUCUUUCGACUAUAGUGGUGCCUUCCCACCUUCCACUCCAGUUGAACCCAAGUAAUGAAGAUUGAUCGGAAGUCACAAGAGGCCAUUUGCACAGAAGCGGUCUUACCACACAAGUUAACUGUAAAACACUUGCUUUAAGCAUAGAGGUAAAAUGGAUAGAUUCGAUGUUACGCUGCUGCCUUUUUUUUCUGAUCUUUGAUUUGGUUUCAAUUAAGGAUUUUCCCAUUCGAUUAUUUUAUUUGAAUUUUAUUUUAUCUUUUGCAUCUUCUCAUCAACACAGUUUGAGAAUAUUGCAAUUUCUGACGAGAAGAAAUUAAUUUAUCUACUCUGUUUCAAUGAUUAAACUGCCAUUCACAAUUUGACAUAUAGAUGAAGGAUUAGAGAUGUAUGUUGAUUCAGGAUUCAUUAGAAUCACACAAAGUUAGUUCAUUCUGAAAGGAUCAAAAUGAAAAAUUACAAAACAAAAAGGAGUUCAUAGAGGUUCAUGCGUUCCCAGAUGUUGCAUGGUAUACAGAUUC